AUGGGUGGCAUUCCCGGAAUCUUAUCUGUUGUAGGCGCUGUUGUGAAUAGCGCCAUUUCCGACGCAGCUCAAUUUAGUUGUGAAGUUAUUGGCUCAUGUCCUACGCCGAAUGAUCAACCUUCAUCUUCGUCCACAUCGGCCAUACUUGGAACCACGGAUGCAUCGGUUUCGAGAUUUGCUACACCCAAACCCAGCCCGGCCUUCGGAGCGUCGCCUUCGACGGUGGCACCGUACCCUUCAGAAGAACUUCCGCCUCAACCGAGUCCCACUUCCACCGCUACACCUACUCAGACUUCUUCAACUAUUUCACUGGCAACUGUAUCUUCAGAUAUCUUCACCGUUACCAUUUCUGAGUCGGCACAGUCUGUGGGCUUAGGAAGAACACCUUCAUUGGACAAAACCCCCGCAUCCACACCCACCAUUCCUUCAACGCGCAGUUCUUCUCACAGUAACAAUGUCGGGGCCAUUGUUGGCGGGAUAUUAGGCGCAGUGAUCUUUCUCAUGAUUGCCACAGUAUGCUAUAUCCUUCUCACACGCAGACGAAGACGACGUCCCCAGUCUCCAUCAGCAAACUUCCGGUCAGAGUGGUUACAGAUUGAAGACCGUCUCCCCUGUAGCCUCAAGUAUGAAUCAGCAACUUCAAAGGAAGAUGAAGGAUACGGGUUUUCUGUAUUUCCCAGACUCUUUGCUCGCUCGAAGCGGUCUGCUGGACCCUCGGCCCAGCUAGUAGCGUCUACCGCGGAGCCACCACCGGCUUACCAGCCUUCGGAUAGUGGUAUAGAGAACGAAACCGAUAAAUGCCCCUGCUCUCAGGAUGAGUUGAUUUGUACUCCUCUGAAUUUGAUCGACUGGUCCCAUUCUCCCUUCUUCAUCUACGUCUUUGACUCAAGCACUCAGAAUCCGCACCCUAGCUGGUGCAGUCCUGCUUGUACCACGCAGUGUUCGUCAUUAAGCACGCAUACUCCCUCGCCUUCAGAGUCUGAGAACGUCCCAACUUCAGAUUCUCUGCCAUCUCCAACAGUAGACUUGUCAGCUCAGCCAUACCCCGCAGACACCGUUUCCUCUUCCAGCACUUCACUUCCAUCCCACUGUCCCACAUGCACUCUCUCUAAUUCCCCGGCGCCUUCGAACACUGCGCCUGUUACACCAGUUCAGACCACUGUUUUCUUGGUGACCACUAUUUUAUCCACGGGGUCUCUGAAGGAUGGCUACCGUUUCACGUCCGUGGUUGCUUCCUCGGACAUUGUCAUCAGUACAGUCUACAUGUCCGGAUCUAAGACGUCCACAGCCAUUCCACGUACUUCUGAAACAUCGCAUGUCGGGGCGGUGGUCGGUGGGGCUUUGGGAGCUAUCAUUAUAGUCAUGGUUUUUGUGGUCUUUCUUUUGUGGCGCAGACGUCGAAAGCAAGCUGCUUCUUCGACUGUCGACAUGGCUGUGAGACCGAAGAGUGUCUUCGGAUCUGACAUGGAUCAAAAACGUCCGCUUCCAACUGGCGAAGACGGCGGCUACGGGUUCUCGAUCCUCUCCAAAUGGUUCUCUACUUCUGCUGCUCACCUCCCCCCUCAUUCAACUCUCAGGGCUCACGAAGGUCCUUCCACUUUAACCUUCAUUUCUUGCGACGAGCCGUUGCCCCCGUACCGGCCUCCCCGAAGCGACUCAACACAACAGGCGUAG